UUACAACUUUUAUUUUGUAUAGAUCUGUAUCCACAUGUUCAUGUAUUCCUUUGGUAAAUAGGCUACCACACUUUUUUUGUCUCCUGUUACAUAGUGAAUUCGAUUGAUUUAAACCUGGUUGUCAGCACCUGCAGACAAUUAGGUUGAGACCAUUUAGUCUCCUAACUAACCAAUCUCAUCUUCACAGCAGCAACACCGUAGUAGUUAGUUUCCUGUUUUUUCAGGUACUUUAUGUUUACUUGUCAACAAACAACACUUAAGAACUUAAAACCUCUGUGUUGUGUCCCAUAUUAUGUUCGGCCUCCGAGCCAGCCGUAACACUCCGUAGACAACAGAUCCUGGACGGCCCGGCCAGCCGGCCAACCCUCUGAGCACAGCAGAGCAAAGACAAUAACAAGGCCUGAGCAGUAAACCUGGUCCCACCUGUCGUCUCCAGACCCCUGCAGACGACCGACCGGCCUGCCCCUCGACGGACCAGGGAUCUCCCUCCAGCGAGACGGCCUUCCCUUCCAACACGGAUCCGCCUGGACCCUCUGCCGGGGGUUUCAACAUGUCUUCCCCCCACCAACAGGAUUCAGUUCUGGCAAGGUACGUCCAGCGUUUCCGCUACGGCGAGCCCAGGAGCCGGGCGGAGCGCCGACCGGUGUCCCCUGCCGCCGGGAGAGAGGAGGCACGACUCUUCUGGUGGAUGAGUCCCUCGUCUCCUCCUUCUAGUCCCACACCCCGAGACUCAGGAGACAUGGAUGAAACAGCUGCCCUGAAAGAAGACCAGGACCCUGGCAGAGGCGGGGAACUCGGAACCUCAAGACCGUACGGGGAACCACUUGAUAUCAGCUCGUUGGACCUGUCCGACUCCUCUCUGGGGGACCACUGGGACAGUGAGGGCGUGCAGGAGAGGGCCAGCCGACUGCUACAGAGGAGUGAGAGCUCCGUCAGCAGUGGCUCCCUGGUCGUCAGCUCUGAGGGCCUCGGGGGCUCUGGUUUAUCCUCCCCCGUCAGCGCCAACGAGCCGUUCCGAAGACCCUUCUUUCCCUGUCCGAUUGAACCGACCGCGUGUAACACAAGCUCAUCUUCGGCCACUGUGGGCCCCUCGCAGAACGGCUACACGCCAUCUUCCUCCAUUAGUCGUCAACGCCCGGAGGAAGACAUCCUCUUCCAAUGGCGGUUGAGGAGGAAAAUGGAGCAGGCCAGCCACUGGCCCCCGGCCCCCUCACAACCGUUCCCUAGCCUCCACCAGCACCAACCACCUUCACCCUGGCAGACCCCUACUCUCCACCAACCACCUUCAGCCUGGCAGAACCCGAAUCUCCACCAGCACCAACCACCUUCAGCCUGGCAGAACCCUACUCUCCACCAACCACCUUCAGCCUGGCAGAACCCGAGUCUCCACCAGCACCAACCACCUUCAGCCUGGCAGAACCCUACUCUCCUACUGCACCAGCCACCUCCAGCUGGACAGACAUCUAGUCUCCACCAGCCCUCAGUCAGUGGCUCCAUGGAACAUAUGUGUCUUGAACAGCGGCCUCAGGACCAGGGACCCGAACCGUCGCAAAGAACGCCGCCAUCCAUCCUCCCCACGCCACAACACGGGAGAAAAGGAACGCACGGGCCGUGUCCCCCAGCCGCGGGCGCCCCCUCGACAUCCACCCCCCGUCCUGCGUCCAGCCAAACGGCCUCCAGUCACCAGCCGGCGAGGGAGCCUCCUCUCUGGGAUGGAUUGCCUGGUCCGGUGCCAUCGUCUUUUCCAACAACGCCACCCAAAGCGCUAGGCCGGCCACCGACCGACAUCGCCCCAAAACACUCUCGACGAACCGUGACUAACCCUUCCCCGGCGGCGGGCGGCCGGGAACCAGAGUCGUGUCCCCCCCCGCCCAGCUCCUCGGAGCCGACAAAGGACGAGCGGAGCUCUGACACCAAGGAGCAGAAGACGGCCCACAGGAAGCAGAAGAGGCGCCCUGCUGGAGACGGGCCGGGCCCUCAGACCGGGGGCGGCUCGCGGCCCCGCCCGGACAGCAUGGCAGCGCCCGCGCCUCAAAGGUUGUCCCCCGACAAAGACACACGGCAGAGGAAGAGCCAAGCGCUCCACCAGGGGGUCUGUUCUGCUCAAUGUGCCCCGCCGUCUCCCGUCCACCUGGCCUUACGACAGGCGGUUUCCGAGGUGCUGUUCCCCACGCGGCGUGCCUCUUCCUCCUUCCCCCCGCGGGGCGCCCCAGCUGCUCCGCCGCGGCCCCAGGGUCCCGACGGCAGCGCCCAGCCCCCCGAGGAGGUCCUUUCACAGCUGCUCCGCGACGCCGAGGAUUCCGACGGAGAGGAGUUCGGAGACGAUGGUUUACUGCAGGUGCUACGCAAGCAGAGGACGCGGGUGAAGGACCAAAUAAGUCAAGUGGACUCCUUUUUGGAGGAAUUCACACCAGUGGGGGAAGAAGCUUGAACCAGGGAACACUUGCAAUAGUUUUGUUUUUUAAUUUUAUACAUAAAGAGUGCAUUUGUAUCAUGUAUUUAUAAAGAUGCUGUGACAAAUAUAAAUUAAAACAUUAACUUUUGAAAGAUCUAUUUUUUUUCUCCAUAUUGUCAACAAUAUAUUGCAUAGAUUGUCUCGGCAAAACCAAUUUGUUGUUAGUUCUGAAUACAUUAUAUUUACAAUGACUGUUUUUUUAUAACAUUGACAUAAAUAUCCGCUGGCUAGUAUAUACACAUGUCAGAGAGUGGGAAUAUCUGAGCAGUGCCAGGAACAUGCUGCUCUGUUCUGUGUACCGUGUUCUGGGUCAUGGCAACCUAGGACUAUUUGCGCGUGUGAAAUCCAAACAUAUGCCAUCACAUUAUUGAAAAACAUAGCAAAAGGGAUGUGUCUUGGUGCAUAGCGUCAACACCCCUCUAGCUCUGUAUGGGUUGUAUCGGAAGCAUCGGAGCGAAGAUGAUGAGGAUGCC